ACUCUGACAUCCCCCCCUUUGCCCGGCGGCUCCGGCUGUGCGCGCGCUGCGCGUGCACGGUGACGGAGAGAGAGAAAGGCAGCAGUGAGCGGCGGCGGAGAUACAUGAUGCUGGGGGGAGGGGGGAUCGGAGCUGACGGGGGCUACUGCUACCCCGAGACCGGGCACAGAUGAGGCAGAUGGCCAUCAGCUGUAUGGAGUAAAAUAUUUUUGGCAUGACACUGUAAGGAAAGCUGCAAAGUUCCCGUCGGUCUCAGCCAGACUCUCUUUGUCAAAAUGAUUGGGAAACUAAAGCAAAACUUGCUAUUGGCCUGUCUUGUAAUAAGCUCAGUAACUGUAUUCUACUUGGGACAUCAUGCAAUGGAGUGCCAUCAUCGAAUAGAAGAACGCAGUCAGCCUGUCAAAAUGGAAAUUCCCAAAGCGACAUUAAGAACUGAGCAUAAUGCGAAUGCUAGCUAUACAUAUAACAAGGACAUGCCGUUAAUAUUUAUUGGAGGAGUUCCACGGAGUGGAACUACACUCAUGCGUGCUAUGCUUGAUGCCCACCCAGAUAUUCGAUGUGGAGAAGAAACCAGGGUGAUACCUCGGAUUUUGGCUGUUAAACAAAUGUGGGCACGAUCGAGCAAGGAAAAAAUUCGUCUAGAUGAAGCUGGUGUGACUGAUGAAGUGCUAGACUCGGCCAUGCAGGCUUUUCUACUGGAAAUAAUAGUAAAGCAUGGAGAGCCUGCGCCUUACCUGUGUAACAAAGAUCCAUUUGCUUUAAAAUCCUUGUCAUACUUAGCCAAAAUAUUUCCAAAUGCCAAAUUUGUACUGAUGGUGAGAGAUGGACGUGCUUCGGUGCACUCAAUGAUUUCUAGAAAAGUUACAAUUGCUGGCUUUGAUCUGAACAGCUAUAGAGAUUGCUUAACAAAGUGGAAUCGUGCCAUCGAAACCAUGUAUAACCAGUGCAUAGAAGUGGGCUUUGAUACGUGUAUGUUGGUACAUUACGAACAGCUAGUUUUACAUCCAGAACGCUGGAUGAAAACAUUGUUGAAAUUCCUCCAGAUUCCUUGGAAUGAUGCUGUAUUGCACCAUGAAGAGAUGAUCGGUAAAGCUGGAGGUGUAUCCUUGUCAAAAGUUGAACGAUCCACAGAUCAAGUCAUCAAGCCAGUGAAUGUAGAUGCCUUGUCAAAAUGGGUUGGGAAAAUACCAGCAGAUGUUUCCAGAGACAUGGCUGCCAUUGCACCAAUGUUGGCCAAACUAGGUUAUGAUCCCUACGCCAACCCACCGAAUUAUGGGAAGCCAGAUCAGAAGGUCAUUGACAAUACAAGACGGGUCUAUAAAGGGGAAUUUCAGCUUCCGGAUUUUCUGAAGGAUAUGCCUCAGCCAAAGAAGACACGGGAAGAAAAUUCAUGAGACUGAAGCAGUGAAAUAGCAAAGCCUCCUUAUCAGUCAAGGUGUUGUCUUUUCUGUCUGUGGAACGGACCUGUGAUGAUUAUUCUGACGCUGCUAACAGACUGUGAUGUGUAUCUGUUGGCUGCAUCCUGACCUGUCUCAUUGUCUGUACUGGUUAGCACAUAUCUCCACAACGGCACAUGCUCACCGAUAGGAGUAAAGGCACUUUUGUGGCAGGAGACAUCUACCUUCUAGCAGUGGUGUAGUACUGUAUUUACCAGCUGUAUCUGUUUUCAAGUAAAAGAGAAAUGGGAAGAAAAGGACGUAAACGGUUCUACAUCCUGAAUAUCUUAUGUGGCCUCUCAACAUUGCAAUGCUGUGACAUCAAUGUGUUUUUUUAAUGUUUGUUACUCUUUUUUUGGGAGGGGGGUGGAUAAGCAAUAUAGGUUGCAUUACAUUUCAGCAAAGUAUAUAUUAAAUGUAUAUACCCUGCUUACAGUAGCGUUUCACCAGCAAUGUAAUCAUGUGUAUGACAGUGGUAAAUGUUCUCUUACCACAAUAUAAGCUCACGCACAACAUAUAAAUGUUCAUACACAUAGUAGAUUUUAAACCGUGGCCACUUGUUAAUACCUAUUUUCUUACAAGCAUCAAUUGUAACCGUAGUGUUUUGGCAACCUAGAAUUGGAAUGUAUAAAGUGACACUAUACAUUAACGUCAAUAGUGAUCUGAGGAAUAACAAAUAUUGAAUUACUCUGUAACAUGAUGUUACAUCUGAAUAUAUUGUACUCAGAGGCACAUCAUCACGCCAUGUGCUGUGCGCCACGUGUUCUGAAGUCUAGAUGGCACCUUCUUUUACUGUACGUGUCAUUGACUAAUUACGUACAUUACUCUGUUUAGUUUUAAACUAAACACUGUGGUUAUUCAAAUUGGUAGACACCCUUCCAGUAGUCACAAUUGGAAGAGACCAAAGCAUUCCUGCCACUGCUGUGCGGUGUUCUCUAACAAUGUCAUGGGCAUCUUAAUAACUUUUGUCACUAAACUUGGACAUGUUUUAAAUAUAAAAUCAGAAAUUCAUGGUAUUAUAAUUACAGAUGUCUGGCCGAUAGACCUUCCUAAAUAUUCCACCUUCGCCCAUUAUUUCUCUUUGUGGAGAAAUAAAAAAAAUAAAAAAAACUUUUUAAUUAUUUAAUAAAAACUUCCAAAGAAGUUGGGUUUGAAAAAAACAUGCACAUUUACAAUUUUAACUUUUUUGUAUUUUAUUUUUCAAAAUAAAAGCUUUAAAUGUGA